UGUGAUAGCAACUAAUUUUUCUUUGCCAACCUGAACAUUGUACUUUAUCAGCAAUGUUUAUACAGGACAACAUUUUGCCAUUAGGUAGUUCCAAUGAUAUCGGGUGUAAUCUGUUUGACCUUCAGGGAAGAAAAGUAUAAAAAGCAGAGUAUUCUUCUUGACCAGCUGUUUGGGCAUCAGUUGAAUUUCUUGGUUUCUCGUGUUCUUUGGGUUUUGGGGGGUUGUCUGUGUGUUUGGGAUUUUAUUUUAUUUUAUUUUUUUGGAGAAAAUGGCAGCUUUAAAUGAAAAGAAGACCUGCAGCCAACGGAUGGAAAAUUUCAACCGUUUCGUCUGGAAUCCAGAUACAGGGCAGUUAAUGGGAAGGACCUUGAUUAAUUGGGUGUGGAUCAGUCUGUACUACGUUGCUUUCUACAUAGUGAUGACUGGGCUGUUUUCACUCGCCAUAUAUUCCUUAAUGAGGACAAUCAAUCCAUAUACACCGGACUAUCAAGAUCGAUUAAAAUCACCAGGGGUGACGUUACGACCGGAUGUCUAUGGUGAAGGAGGAUUAGAAAUUUAUUACAACAUCUCUGACAAAAAGUCCUGGGAGAAAUAUGUAACAACUCUUCACAAAUUUCUUUCGGCAUAUAAUACAACUGCACAACAUGCCAACAUCAACUGCACAAGUGAGAAAUACUUCUUUCAAAAAUCAUUCCUUGGACCAAACAAAACAAAAUACUCCUGCAAGUUCACAUCAGAUAUGCUUGAAAACUGCUCUGGCCUGGAAAAUUCCACUUUUGGAUUUCCUGAAGGAAAACCAUGUUUAAUUAUAAAAAUGAACAGAAUUAUCAAUUUUCUCCCUGGCAAUGGUACUGCACCAAGAGUGAGCUGUACAGCUCAAGUAAAUCUGAUUUCUUACCUUCAAAAAUAGCAUGAUGAUUUCAGCCCACUUGAACUACAAUAUUACCCAGUCAACGGCACCUUUAACCUUCACUAUUUCCCUUAUUAUGGAAAGAAAGCACAGCCCAACUACAGUAAUCCUUUGGUAGCAGUGAAAUUUCUCAACAUGACAAGGAAUGCAGAAGUUACCGUUGUGUGCAGAGUCAUUGGAACUGGAAUUACCUCAGAUAACCCUCAUGAUCCAUAUGAAGGAAAAGUGGAGUUCAAAAUGAGAAUACAAGAUUAG